UAGAGGCUGGAGCUGUGUUGCUGCUGAGAUUUGCCCUGGAUGACUCCUCACACCUUGUGUUUGGUGAAGCAGUACGAGGAUUAUACUAUCUGAUAGCCAGUGAACCUGAUGAGCAGUGCUUAGUUAUGGCACAGCCCUGGGUCCCUGCUGGUCUAGAACCUGGUAUAGCCAGUAAUAUUCAUGCUAGUGAGAAGGCACGGCAGGAACUGGACCAAGAGGAAGCAGAGCUGAAGGAUUUUGAAAUAAUCAAGUUGGAUGUUAUCCGAGCAUUGGUUAGGAUGGACACCCACAUCAGACUCAGGUACAUACUUGAGAGUCUACAGCCGAGCCCAGAGACGGUAAUCAACAUUCUGGGCAUCUUAACUCGCAUGGUUCGUCACUCUCUGACAGCUGCGUGGACACUAGCCCAGACUCCACACCUCAUCUCUGUUAUCCUGGAUCACUUCCUUCCACACAAUCUCUCGCCCCUUCUCACUGGCCAGAGUGUAGCCUCGAUGUCUUCUGUGUACGGUGUACCUCUCAGAGAAGCACUACAUCUGCUGAAGAUCAUGGCAGCCAAGGGUCGGCAGCUGGCAGCCAUCUUGGUCAACACUCACGACGUGGUUAGCCGCAUUCUCGUAUACGUGUCUCUUGAGCCGAGUGAGAUCAGUAUACCGCUGAAGGAAGCCUUAGCCCUAAGCCAGGAGGCAUAUUCUCUGUGGGGUGUGCUGCUGACUUAUGGACUAUCUAAACCUCAAGAAGCCUUUAUAAGCUUCUACCCAAUGCUGGUUAGGAAGCUUGUGUUCUACAGGGAUAAAGUGUCAGUCAGUGACUAUAAUGACACCAACAAGUUCAACUAUGAUGUAGGAGCUCACAUGAUUGCUGUUAUGAUGCGUGCUCUCAAUAUUGCUGCCACACAUUCCCUUCUUAAAAAUAAAAUGAUGUUAAAUCAAGGCACAACAAUAGGUGCUGAUGGCAAAGCAGAAGUGCUGGUGCCUCCAGAACUGACAUGGAAUGACCUUCAAGAUCUGCCUCAGUUGGUGGAGACUUGUCUCACAAAAUGGUUAACAGAACUAGCUCGGAUCUCUGAGAGCACAUUCUCGGCUCUUAGACUCAUUGGUAGCUGUUGUGAUUUCUUGGAAGCUUACUAUGUUAAGUGGAAAGAUCAGACUUCAUACUCUGGUGAAGUUUUCAACACUCGGAUUAAACAUCUUUAUAACAUCAUUAUUUCAACAGUGUUAAACUCUUCAAUGUUCAGAAAUUUAAUCAGUGUCCUUCCAAGUCAUUCUUCACUCAUCAGUGACUUGGUACCAGGUACAGAACGUGACCCAAACAAUUUGGGUUCCUUGGGUUGUGUCACCUUUGGUGGUAAAGUAAUUCCUCUUGGGCUUUCAUCAUCUCCUUUUCCCUUACUUUUGCCACUCAGUAACCUGCUAUUGUCUCUGCAUACUCUUCACCCAGCCCUUGAUAGUCAGUCAGUGUGUGCUGUUUUAGACUCGGAUGAAAUAGCUACCUAUUUAGAGAAGCUUUGUCAAUCCAGCCAACAAUUGUCAUCACAGUGGCUUACUCGAAUUGAGACUCAUUUUAUCUGCAAUAUACUGCAGGUGGCAGCUUUGAAGGGUUGUAGGAGAAGAAAAUUGUACCAUGAGACAGCAUUGUUCAUGAUGCCAUGCAUCCACAAGGGAGAUGAACACUUAAUUAAAACACUACUAACGUGCAUCAUCUGUGCACCAGAGUUCACAUCAGACCUUGCAGAGAUGAGUACCUGUGUACGAGACUUGGCUCUCCAAGACUAUGAGCCUCUCAAAAGUCCUGCUAUAGCCCAGCCAGUUCUAUCGCCCCUUCAGCUCACUAAUAGCAUCUGCCACUCUAUAAAAUCAAUUGAAAGUGAACUUGUUAACAGUUUGGUGAGUAGGAGAGAAUAUGAUGCCAGUUUAGUAUUAAAAAAUGGUAUUCCUUUCAUAAUUAAUAGCAUCACAAUAAGUCAGAUUGAAUUUCCACUUGUUCUUGACCAGUACUGGCCACUGUAUCCCAUCAAGUGUGUCUUCAAAAUAUCCCAACAACCUCCUCAGCCACAAGAUAAAACAAAACAAGAACAAUUGAGGGAUCAGUCUUCACCAGAGGAUAUUUUGACUGUCACAAGGUGUCUACAGUUGACAUACCUUACCCUUAAACAUCGUAGAAACACCACAAUCCAUACCACCACACUUACUGGCUGGAUGUAUCAUUUGUCUUUAGUGUUUUUGGCUGCCAAUGACAUAUUUCUUGAUGCUAACAUUAACUCGUACCUUCAGGGUUGCUUGGUUGAAGUGUUUCGCAAUGGCGGUUAUGCAAAUUUAGACACCAACAGCAAGUUUGAGGGCUAUAGUGCACUUAUCGAUUGGUACAGGAAUAUGGUGGAGCAGUUCAUGAGUGUAUCUUACGGUGAUUCCACUUUUGCUCUAUUUCUAACCAUCCCGUUGCAGCAGUACUGGCCAGUGGACUUUAGAAAAUUGUUAUGGGGCGACAAUAAUGUUGCGCUGCAGUUCUUCCGCCUCACUACAGAACAGGUUGACCAAUUUAUUCCCGUUCAACAGUUCCUGGAGCCUGCCGAGCAGGAUGAAGGAAUGAUCAUCAAGUACAGGUCAGCACUUGGUUGUCAUGAGGUGACAGUGAAACGAAAUCCAUUUUUAUACAAAGUGGCAGCACACCAUGCUCAUAUCUAGAAAAUGAGAGGAACAGUGUAAAAUUAUUUUUACAGCGAUUGAAUACUACUACAUUUACACUGGUAAAGGAAAUCUCUGUUUUAGCACAUUUACACUGUCAGAAGAAUUUUUUAAAAAUAUAUUUACACUAGUAAAGGAAAUAUUUUCUGUUAUUUUUAAAACAAAAGUAUUGUAUAAUUUUACUUCAGGCAGAUCUAAAUUUAUUUACUCCACUGUAACUUGUAAUAAACCAAGAUGGAUGAGGUCAACUUAAGUUAACAUUUCAUGACAUGGAGAACGUGAAAAUAAAAAUUUAAAAUGAAAA